AUGGCGUCUGCUCCUGAUACCACUUCCAUCCCGGGUUAUACCAUCUUCCGGGAGGGAGACUAUGACAGUGUUGCUGCACAUGCCAUGCUUCCGCAGGGAACUCCACACCCGCUAGACCAGCUUUCCAUCAAGGAAAUUCCUUUGGCUGCUAAGCUCAUCCGCGAAUAUGCCAGCCCUAAGACCAUCAAGUUCAACUGCCUCACAUUGCGCGAGCCCCCCAAGGCCGAGUACCAGGCCUUCCGCGCCGGAAAGAUCCCUGCCCCCGAUCGCCGCUGCUUUGCCAUUAUCAUCGAGCGUGAGACCAGUGCCGUCGCUGAGGUGGUGGUCAACCUCGCCACAGGCAAGGUCGAAUUGUGGAAGAAGGUGGACGAUGUCAUGCCCACCCUCACACUUGAGGACUUGGACAUCAUGGAGCGCAUCUCUCGCAAGGACUCCCGUGUCAUCCGUGCCUGCGAAGGUCUUGGUAUCACCGAUAUGUCCAAGGUCUUCAUUGAUGCCUGGGCCAUUGGUAUCGAUGAGCGCUGGGGCUUCGAGCACCGUCUGCAGCAGGGUCUGGCCUACUACCGGACCUCCGAGUUCGACAACCAAUACGCCCACCCAUUGGACUUCACAAUUGUGGCCGAUACCGAGAAGGAGGAGGUCCUCAGCGUUGAUAUUCGCCUCGUGAACGGUGAGCGCACCGGCGUGCCCCUCCAGGAGCACAACUACCUUCCCCAGUACAUUGGCGACAAGUACAACCAUGACCGCCUGAAGCCUAUCGACAUCACCCAGCCCCAGGGCGUUUCCUUCAAGGUCCGCGGCAAUGAGCUCUCCUGGGCCAACUUCAAGAUGCACAUUGGUUUCAACUACCGUGAGGGUAUUGUCAUCUCCGACGUCCGCACCCAUGACAUGUACGAGGACCGUGAGCGCACCCUGUUCAACCGUAUCAGUGUUGUCGAGAUGGUCGUCCCCUACGGCGCCCCCGAGAAGCCACACCACAAGAAGCACGCCUUCGACGUCGGCGAGUACGGCACCGGUCUCAUGACCAACUCCCUCAAGUUGGGUUGUGACUGCAAGGGAGCCAUUCACUACAUGGACGGAAUCAUGUCUACCGCCAACGGUGAAGCCGCCGUGAUCAAGAAUGCUAUCUGCAUCCACGAGGAGGACAACGGACUCCUAUACAAGCACACCGACUACCGUGACGGCACGGUGAUCUCAGCCCGCGACCGCAAGCUCAUCGUCUCGCAAAUCAUCACAGCCGCAAACUACGAGUACGGCUUCUACCACACUUUCACCCUAGAUGGAACCUACAAGCUCGAGAUGAAGCUUACCGGCAUGCUGAACACCUACUGCCUCCACCCGACAGAGCAAGCCGCUCCCUGGGGAACCCAAGUCGCUCCUCAAAUCACUGCCCACAACCACCAACACAUCUUCUCCCUCCGCAUCGACCCCGAAAUCGACGGUCCCAACAACUCCGUCGUCCAAAAUGACGCAGUCUCCUCCGAACACGCCGUCGGAUCCCCAGAAAAUCCCUACGGAAACGCCUUCUACUCCAAGAAGACUCCCCUUCGCACCGCCCUCGAAGGCGCAGCAGAUUACUGCUACGAGACAAACCGUACUUGGGACAUCAUCAAUCCUAACCGCAUGAAUGCCAUCGCCAAGAAGCCCGUCGGCUACAAGAUCAUCAACAACAACUGCCCGCCCCUCCUCGCCAAGCCCGGCAGCACAGUCUACAACCGUGCCGCCUUCGCCAGGAAACCUCUCUGGGUUACGCCUUACAAGGACUACGAGCUCUUCCCAGCUGGUGACUACGUCUGCCAGUCAACCGGCGCGGAGAACCACCCAUACAACCAGACUAUCCUGGACUGGGCUAAGCGGAACGAGAGUAUCGAUAAUACCGACAUCGUUUGCUACUUGCAGUUCGGUCUGACACAUUUCCCCCGUACGGAGGAUUUCCCUGUCAUGCCCGCUGAGCCUGUUAGCAUUAUGCUUCGUGCAUCAAAUUUCCACGAGAAGAAUCCUGGUCUCUGGGUUCCUCCUUCUGCUAUUUGUGUUGAUACGCAGUCUACGAAUGCUUUUCCUACUUCUUGUUGUGCGGCUAAUGCCCCGGCUAGCUCGUCGAGAUUGUAA